AUGCUCUCUGCUUUAUCUCGAGAUCGCGUAAAUAAAUGGUUGAAGUGAGUUAACCCAAGUUAUGCAUAUUCUACACACAAAAUGUUUUUUGUUUUUUUAUAGAAAAACUCCUGAUUUGGAUGAUAAGGUUGUGGAAAUGUCGAAUGAAGCGACAACUUAUCACGAUCAAAUAACUAAACUUGUUAACGCCAUUCAAAAACAGGCAAAAGAUUGCGGUUCGGAGAAACAUCCAUUUGGAAAAGCAGCAAAUGGUAUACGAAAUUAUAAAGAUGGUAUGGUCACCAAAAGUUUGGCUGGAAAAUAUGAUAAAAUGGCAGAAGCGAUGGAUAAAUUGAUGGAGGCAAAUGCUGAAUUCGGAAGAAAGAUUUCGAGUGGAUGUUUAUCAAAAUGUCUCAGUUUCAGAGAUGUUGAUUGUCGUGAUGUUGAUCAACAAAUGAAACAACUUGCAAAAGUUUGUAAAGAUCUUGAAAGUAAUCGAAAGAAAGCGGAAAAAGAUCAAAAUAAGAAUUACCUUGUUGAUGCUUCUUUGGAGAGUUUGAAAAAAUUGACUGAGGAUUCAUUGAUUACUUUGGAGAAAUUCAACAAAGCAUCUGUUGUUCUUCUCAAUGCAACAUCCAGUGAAUACAAAAAACAACUUGAAGCAUAUAAUGCCGAAGCGGCCAAGAUCAUCAAUUUUUGA